UAGUCUGUCCGAGAACGUCUUCGGAGAAGGACGUUUUUUUCUGUUUUCUCUUAAUAGUUUUUUUUUCACCUGCAUCAGAAUUUAUUAAAAAUUCUUUUUAAACAAACAAAAGGUGGACAAGGUGAAUUUUAAUUUGAACAAGAAAGUGUUUAAUUUUUGAUUUAUUUAAAGAAAUUAAAAGAUUAAGAAAACAGAGAGUGAAGAGUGAAUAAAAGGUGCUAAAUUCCUUCGCUCUGACCGGUUUUUUGUUGACAAGAGAGAUUUUCUCCCUGGAAUAGUAAAUAUAAUAAUUAAGAGUGGCUAUUUCUGCACAAUAAACCGUGAAUUUGCGACACAGAGUGGAUUGAAAUUGGAAUUUUUGGUGCAAAGAAAACUCCAAAGAAGAGAAAAAAUUGAGAAGAAAAAAAGCAAAACACUUCGACCAUUUUCUUCAUCAUUUCUUGGUGUUUGUGGAGGUGAAUCUCCUCGAAGAACUACUACCACACAGAGAAAUUAUAUUCAAUGUGUGCUCGCAUGAGUUGAGAGACAAAUUUGGAAGGAAUAAUAUGGAAAGAGGUGUAAAGACAUUCCCCCACAGCUGAAAAUUAAAGGUGUAAAAUAAUUAGGUGCACAAUUAUCACAUAAAAUGAUGGGCUACCAUUCCUGGAAGGUGUAAACAACGCGGUUCCAUUUGAUUAUUUAUCGCAUUGGAUAUAAUGCCAUGAUGCUACCUGUACGUCGAAUAUUUCUUAUGGCGUUCCUAAGGUGGCGAAUUUCGUUCCUGGUGGCACUCAAUUUGGCCCUUGUGGCCACAACGACGACAGCACCAUCGUCAAAAUUGCGCCUGUACAUGGUGCGAUCGCCAGAGACAACGGUAGCACCUCUGGGUGAUGAGGUGCUCUUUGAGUGUGCCCUCAAUGUGGAACCGGAGCGACUUCAGUGGCGCUUUCGGUCGCAAAGUGGAAAGGGCGAAUUGAUGUACCUGAAUGAAACUGCGGGCUACAAUAUUACUUUUAAGGAUGGUGUUAGUAAAUUGCGAAUCUAUGUUAGCCCCAAGACAAUUGGGGAAUACCAAUGUAUUGCAUGGUAUGGAGCAUCAGCAUUGGCGUCUGUGUCUGCAAAACUCACAUUGGCCACAAUAACGUUGGGCAAUGACAAUCACAUCUUCGAACAAGAUGGAUUUGGGGUGAAUAUUCUCGAUGGUAAAAGACGUAAUCCACCUCCACAAAUAGUCCACUGGCAGGUGUCUCCUGGGAAUAGUGUUAUCAUUAAGUGUGGUGAUAUAGUAUCAAAUCCUCCGCCUGUCUGGAGUUAUUUCAAAGACAACACACAAAUACGUGCAUCAGUACUCCAACUCUCAUCCGGAGCUCUUAUUCUCACAUCACUCACGCAAAAGGACUCAGGAAGCUAUUGGUGCUCAGCUGUGAAUAGUAUCACAGGGAUGGAAAUUAAAAUACCCAGGAGAACGGAUCUCAAUGUAACAAACACCCCAAAGGCAGCUCCUAUUUUCCUUUCUCAACCACCCACGGUGAUUACGGUGAAACCAGGUGCCACGGCAAUACUCGAAUGCCCUGGAGUUGGGAAUCCUGUGCCAAAGGCCGUCUGGAGUCGUCCGGAUGUGUCAAUACUCAACAAUAGAACCCUCUUUGUGCCAUACGGGCUACAAAUUACAAAGGUUGUGCCUGAAGAUCGAGGGAAUUACGUGUGCCGUCUCGACAAUGGAAUCUCCCCCGUGCUGAUUCACACGAUCCGUCUCGAUGUACUCGAGGCACCGGCAAUUAUUGAGGGGCCUCGGGUAACACUCACAAAUGAGACUGAUAUGCUUCAUCUCGAUUGCCACGCAAAGGGCUACCCAGUGCCAGUCAUCACGUGGAUGAUAAACGGUGUGGAUGUUCAAUGGGAUUCUCUCAUUCAUUCAAAUGGGUCGAGUCUCUUUAUAAAAUCCGUGCAAAAGAGGCAUGCAGGAAUUGUGCAGUGUUUUGCUAAAAAUGCAGCAGGAGAGGUCAAUGAGGGAAAUUUGCUGCAAGUGAAUCCAAAGCAAAUUCCGGGAGAAAUUGAAGUUUCCCCCCUUGGAUCUGUUCCGGAAUCCACAAAAUCCAGCAUAGAGCAUGCAGGAAAGCAAAAAGGAACCGGAAGGAAGAAGCACAAGCAUCGUAAGUUCUUUAGAACCGUGAUGAUUCCACCAUCGAGACCAAGUGUGACGAGACUCUCAGAUGAAUCAGUUAUGGUACGAUGGUCAGUACCAUCGGAAGAGGGACUUCCAAUACAAUUCUUCAAAGUACAAUAUCGAAUGUUGGGAGAUCUUGCACGAAAGAUCCCACGAUCGCAAUGGAUGACAUGUAGUGAGGAUAUUCCACCCCAUGUACGGUCGUAUGAGGUGCAAGGAUUGAAACCCGAUCAACUCUAUCGCUUCCGGAUAGCUGCUGUGUAUUCAAAUAAUGACAACAAAUUGGGCAAUACAUCGGGGAAGUUUCACUUGCAGAAGGCAUCACAGUUGAGUGUGGCCAAGAGUCACCUUACGGCGCCAACUUUGCAAAAAGUCGAAGGUGUCACGGAGACGGCUAUCAGACUUUCAUGGGGCUUCCCAUCGAAUCCACCCACACCAAUUGAUGGUUUCUACAUUCACUUCCGGCCCGCAUCAACGGCCGGAGAGUAUUCCAAAGCAAUGGUGGAUGGGAUGCAUGUGCGUCACUGGACGAUGGAUUAUCUGGAACCGGGGACAGCGUAUGAAUUUAAACUGCAGAGUUUCACGGCAUCGGCUGCAUCGGAAUUCAGUGCAAUUCUCACGGGAAAGACACUAAAGCCACCCACGCAAGCGCCCACAAUCACACCUUCAGUGGUGGCUGCAUCGGAAUCAUCCCAGAGCACAUCGUCGAAUUUGCCGCUUAUCGCUGGAGGUGCUGGCGGGGGUGGACUUUUGCUCUUGCUGAUCAUUCUCACGUGUGUGUGCAUUAAGAAGCGAAAGAAGACUCAAGCAGACGAUGGUGUGACGGAAAGUAAAGCCCACCCGGAUCACAUUCAAGCGGAACCCAAUGGAUUUCCCGUGGGAGGGGGUAGAGUCCUUGGGUCACCAAUUCACAAAAGUAGCCGUCUGAAUGGUGUUGUGCCUCGUAUGAAUAUCACGGCGAAUCCUCUGGCUCAGGAGGGUGACAAGUUUAGAAAUCAGCGUGAAUGUUCUAGAAUCGCAAUGUGAUGGAGAUGCGUUUCCUGCCAAAUUCAAUGCCAACCCCCGUGGCGGCGACGAAUCCGGGGCAUUUGGUGCAGCAGCAGAACAACAAUUGCACACCGCAGACACUCCUUGUGGAACGACGGGGCAAUGUGCGGCAAUUCAACAAUGGAGACGUCAAGGGGCCACACAAUCAGACGGACAGCUCAUCCAUGAGGCGCACAAGGAAGCACCCAACGGGUAUUCCGGUACCGAGUAGUCCACGGAUGAUGCAUCACAAUCGUUCCCCAAUGCCAAUACGGGCACAAAGUGGAGCCAAGAGACCCCCAACGGCACGCUUAGGGGCCCACACUGAAAAUAUCUCAUCCGGCAGUUUAAACAGUAUUGAAGUGUGAGGAGGAGGGUACAUUAGAUAAAAUGGCUCAAUUCUUAGGUCUACGCAUCUCAGCGCAAAUGAAUGAAAAAAAAGAAAAAUCCUGAAUAAUCUUCAAAAAAUAAUUUAGAACAAAAAAAAGUGUGAUACUCCCAAUUAAAUUGUACAGAGCGCGAGAGAGAAAGUGAACGAGAGAGAGGAUCAAUGAAAAUUGAUCAUUUUAUUAGUCAGUGAGAAUGCGCAAGGUAUAUACAUAGAUUUUACUUUCAAAAGACACUGAUUAGAUUUUUUUUAAAAUAUAUUCUAAUUCUUUUUUUAUUACAUUAAUUUUAGAUAAUUUGAAUUCUAUUGCUACUUGUGUAAAAAUUGAAGAAGAAAAGAAAACUACAAGUGGAGAGAGUUGCUAACAGAGACUUUUCCCAUUCUAGUGGAUUUUUUUUAGUGUUUAAAAAUGAAGUUAAUGCAAAAGGAAAUAAACUCUCUUCAACUGAACAUUAUGAUACAAAUAUGUGUGCCACGAAAUUGUAAAUCCGUCCGAAUAUGUAGGGAUUUCAUUUGACAAAAGAAAAAGGAAUAAUCGUGCCGAAACUAUAUCUCUCACAGUUUUAGUGAAGAUAAAAAAAAAACAUUUAGCAGUAAUGCAGUAAGAUGAAUAAAUUUGCAGUACUUGAUGAAUCAUUGCCUUAUAGUGAAGAACAAAUAAAUAAAAUGCAACAAUUUAAGGAUAGUUCUUAGAGAGACUGGUCAAAAUAACGUAUUAAGUAAUUUUACAAUAAAAUAGGAAUAUUUUAUAAAAAGAAAAAAACUACAUAAGUAAGUUUAUUUAUUAUAUUGCAAAAAAAACAUAAAUAGCACUGAACAGUAACAAUUCAAAUCAAUCACUAAUAAAAGCAAUUAGCUGACAUAAUCAAGUAAUUUCUCUUAAAACAAACGACUUAAUUUAAUGACAGUGGCACUAAUUUUUUUUUUAAUUUUGAAAAUCAUCAAUAUUGGUUUCACUGCAGAGUUCUAAAAAGUAAGAAAUUUUGUUAAAGAAAUUCUACGAAAGAGAUUCAAACGAAAUCUUAGCCGGAAAAUAUUGCGGAAAUAAAGUUUUAUUAUGAGGAAACAAUCAAA